UCAAGAGACUGCUUGUGUUCACCAGCGAUCUCUCAUUUUUCUUUAGUUUUACGUUUUUGAUUUGAUAAUAAUCAGAGGCCAAAAAUAAAUAAAUAAUUUUUGAAGAAAAAGACAAAUUUAACCUUGAUUCUGCUUCUAAUCUCCAUCUGAAUCCGCCGAUUUCCUGUCGCCAUGAACGAGAAGGCUAACGUCUCUAAAGAGCUUAAUGCCAAACACAGAAAGAUCUUGGAAGGUCUCCUAAAACAUCCUGAGAAUAGGGAAUGUGCCGACUGCAAAUCCAAAGGUCCAAGAUGGGCAAGUGUAAAUUUAGGUAUCUUUAUAUGCAUGCAAUGUUCAGGGAUUCAUAGAAGUCUUGGAGUACAUAUAUCCAAGGUUCGAUCUGCAACCCUUGACACAUGGCUUCCAGAGCAAGUUGCAUUCAUUCAAUCAAUGGGAAACGACAAGGCGAAUAGUUACUGGGAAGCAGCAUUACCCCCCAACUAUGACAGAGUUGGAAUAGAGAAUUUUAUCCGUGCAAAGUACGAAGAGAAGAGAUGGGUCCCCAAAGACGGAAAACCAGUGUCCCCUCCUCACAGGCAUGAUGAAAGGCCUCAGACAUCAUGGCAGAGAUCCGGUGAAAGUACUGGGCAUCAGCAUAAGAGCAGCUUGGAGAAUGUGCAUGAUGACAGGAAGAGUGCUCAACGACCAAGUUCAAAAGUUAGUAUUCAUACCACAAGAAUUAGCCUUCCCAUUCCUCCAAAGGGACCUGAGCAGGUCACCCCUCCUCUAAAGCCUCAACACAUUAUUCAGAAAGCAGAACCAAAAGUUGACCCCAGUGAAGCAACAAAAAAUGGUGUAACUGCUGUUCCAGCUGCUCCUGCACCCAAAGUUGAUUAUGCCACUGAUCUCUUUGAUAUGCUAUCAAUGGAUGGUCCAAGUGAGAAUGGCUCAGAGGCAGCUCCAAAUGAUGAUAAUGGAUGGGCGGGGUUUCAAUCGGCAGUUUCUGAAGAAGUUUCAAAAACAGAGAAAACAGGUGAAAUCAAAGCAGUUGAGAGUACUACCAACUCCACUUCUGCAAUUGAGGAUUUGUUUAAAGAUUCAGUUUCUUUAACACCUUCAGUAUCAGAGAAACCUCAGAAAGAUGUAAAAAAUGAUAUUAUGAGCCUUUUUGAGAAGUCCAAUAUGGUAUCCCCAUUUGCCAUGCAUCAACAGCAACUUGCGAUGCUGGCACAGCAACAAUCUCUUCUCAUGGCUGCUGCUGCUGCUAAAUCAGGUGCUGUGGACCCAAAAUUUCGUGGGAGUAUUCAGCAGACAGGGUCCAAUGGCAUCAUCUUGCCUGGUCAAAAUUUGCCGAAUAUUGGCUAUCAAAUUCCUGGAUUAGUCAUGCCGGUAGCUGCUGGUGGGCAAGGUGACUCGCAUAAGCUUAUGCAGGGUGGUAAUACAGGACUCUCAAAUCCAGCUGGAAGCUCGGCACCAUACGCAACUUCUAGCUUUUACACCGUAGGGCAGGUGACCCCUGUUAAUGGCGCGACAACUGCUGUACUGAAUAAACCUCAAGCAACAGCUCCGAUUUCAUCAGGUAAUUCAUCACAAUCUACAAAGGAUUUUGAUUUCUCCUCUUUAACACAGGGCAUGUUCUCAAAGCGUUGAGUUCUCUCGGAGCGGGAAUGUUGAAUUUUUCCGUGCCAAUACAACAUAAAUUUCUCUUGUAUUGGUUGAUUGUAAACUAUUUUGUAGAGUCAGUAUCAGUUUUCCUCAUAUUUGUUUCGAUGGCUCAUUUGUAUUAGUAGAUGUGUAUUCAGAGUAAUAAAAAGAUGGGUUUAGAUUGAUCUCAUCAUUCUCUA